GCUGGCCACGGCAACAGCGAUGACGAGCACCAGCGCACACGGCACGGCAGCAACAUCGCCGACGUGCUUCUCGGGCCUUGCGCCCGCCACAGCGCCGGCAACGAUGGUGAGCAGGUCGAGCUCUUCGGGGGCCCUCAUCUCCACGGCGGGCACGGCCGUGCGCACCAUCGCGCCCCAGGAUUUUAACC